AUGGGGCACCUAUUGCUGGUCCUUGUGAGCCUCUCCUGCUUCUUGGCAGCAGUGAGCACUGCAAAGCUGGGUGCUGUGUACACGGAAGGAGGCUUCGUGGAAGGGGUCAACAAGAAGCUUGGCCUCUUUGGCGACUAUGUGGACAUCUUCAAGGGCAUCCCCUUUGCUGCUCCCCCCAAGACCCUGGAGAACCCCCAGCCACACCCUGGCUGGCAAGGAACCCUCAAUGCCACAGACUUCAAGAUGCAGUGCCUGCAGACUAAUAUUCUCCAGAUCAAGACUGAAGGGUCAGAGGACUGUCUCUACCUGAACAUCUGGGUCCCUCAGGGCGAGAAGGAAGUCUCCCAGAACCUGCCUGUCAUGAUCUGGAUCUAUGGAGGUGCCUUCCUCAUGGGCUCAGGUCACCGCGCCAACUUCCUCAAAAAAACUCUCUAUGACGGGGAGGAGAUCGUCACACGAGGCAACGUCAUCCUGGUCACCUUCAACUACCGUGUUGGGCCCCUGGGCUUCCUCAGCACUGGAGAUGCCAACCUGCCAGGCAACUAUGGGCUUCGGGAUCAGCACAUGGCCAUCGCUUGGGUGAAGAGGAACAUCGCUGCCUUUGGGGGGGACCCUAACAACAUCACCAUCUUUGGGGAAUCAGCUGGAGCAGCCAGUGUCUCCCUGCAGACCCUCUCUCCCUACAACAAGGGCCUCAUCCGCCGAGCCAUCAGCCAGAGUGGUGUGGCUCUUAGCCCCUGGGUGAUCCAGAAGAACCCCCUCUUCUGGGCCAAAAAGGUCGCUGAGAAGGUGGGCUGCCCUGUGGAUGACACUACCAGGAUGGCCAAGUGUCUAAAGGUUACUGACCCCCAUGCCCUGACGAUGGCCUACAAGAUUCCCCUGGGAAACACAGAGUACCCUGCAUUAUACUAUCUGGGCUUCAUCCCUGUGGUUGAUGGAGACUUCAUCCCUGAUGAGCCCAUCAACCUGUAUGCGAAUGCUGCUGACACCGACUACAUGGCAGGGACCAACAACAUGGAUGGCUACAUUUUUUCCAUCUUGGAUAUGCCAGCCGUCAUCUUGAAUAAACUGAAUGUCACAGAGGAGAAUUUCUACAAGCUUGUCAGAGGGUUCACCAUCGACAAGGGGCUCCCAGGUGCCCAGGCCACCUAUGACAUAUACACUGAAUCCUGGUCCCAAGACUCAUCCCAGGAGGCCAAAAAGAAGACAGUGGUGAACUUGGAGACGGAUGUCCUCUUUCUCAUGUCCACAGCGAUGUCGCUGGCCCAGCACAGAGCCAAUGCCAAGAGUGCCAGGAUCUACUCCUACCUGUUCUCCCACCCCACACGAAAAACCAUCUACCCCAGCUGGGUGGGGGCUGACCAUGCUGAUGACGUCCAGUAUGUCUUUGGGAAGCCCUUUUCCACACCCCUGAACUACCAAGAUCUAGACAGAACUAUCUCCAAGGCUAUGAUCGCCUACUGGACCAACUUUGCCAGAACUGGGGACCCUAACAUGGGCCACUCUGCUGUGCCCACACACUGGACCCCCUACACCUUGGAGAACAGCCACUAUCUGGAGAUCAAUGAGAACAUCAAUGCCAACUCUGUGAAACAGCACCUGAGGACCAAGUUCCUGCACUACUGGACCCAGAUCUACCAGUCUCUGCCCCCAGUGACUGCUGAGGGAGCUCUCCCCCACCCCUGCAGAUGACCCUGAGGCUGUCAGAUUUCCCCUUUCUGAAAUUCUAGAGGGGUCCAUAUACCUGUAGUUACUGGUUUCUAAUAC